GCGCCCCAGCUUGACACCUGCCUAUAUACAGGCGAGCGCGCCCCCGGCCGCGGACCGCGCGCACAGCCCGCACAGCCACGCGGGGCAGCGACGCCCGGCCGCCACCAUGACUUCCAGCAAGAUCGAGAUGCCCGGCGAGGUGAAGGCGGACCCCGCCGCCCUCAUGGCCUCCCUGCACCUCUUGCCGUCGCCCACGCCCAACCUCGAAAUCAAGUACACCAAGAUCUUCAUUAACAACGAGUGGCAGAACUCGGAGAGCGGCAGAGUGUUCCCUGUCUAUAACCCGGCCACGGGAGAGCAGGUGUGUGAAGUUCAAGAAGCAGACAAGGUGGACAUAGACAAGGCGGUGCGGGCCGCGCGCCUCGCCUUCUCCCUCGGCUCCGUGUGGCGGCGGAUGGACGCGUCCGAGAGGGGGCGGCUGCUGGGCAAGCUCGCGGACCUGGUGGAGCGGGACAGGGCGCCUCUGGCGACCAUGGAAUCCCUCAAUGGUGGCAAACCAUUCCUGCAGGCUUUUUAUGUGGAUUUGCAAGGAGUAAUCAAAACCCUUCGGUAUUACGCAGGCUGGGCUGAUAAAAUUCACGGGAUGACCAUUCCUGUAGAUGGAGACUAUUUUACCUUCACACGACAUGAACCCAUUGGAGUGUGUGGACAGAUCAUCCCAUGGAACUUCCCCCUGCUGAUGUUUGCCUGGAAAAUUGCUCCAGCUCUGUGCUGCGGCAAUACAGUAGUUAUUAAACCAGCAGAGCAAACACCACUCAGCGCGCUCUACAUGGGAGCCCUCAUCAAGGAGGCUGGCUUUCCACCAGGAGUCAUCAAUAUUUUGCCAGGAUACGGGCCAACGGCUGGGGCAGCAAUAGCUUCUCACAUUGGCAUAGACAAGAUUGCAUUCACAGGGUCUACUGAGGUUGGAAAGCUUAUCCAAGAAGCAGCUGGAAGAAGUAAUUUGAAGCGAGUAACUCUGGAACUUGGAGGGAAAAGCCCCAAUAUUAUUUUUGCAGAUGCUGAUUUGGACUAUGCGGUGGAGCAGGCCCACCAGGGAGUGUUCUUCAACCAAGGCCAGUGCUGCACUGCGGGCUCUCGCAUCUUCGUGGAGGAGUCCAUCUACGAGGAGUUUGUGAGAAGGAGCGUGGAGCGGGCCAAGAGGCGCAUUGUGGGGAGCCCCUUUGAUCCCACUACUGAGCAGGGACCCCAGAUUGAUAAGAAGCAGUACAACAAGAUCCUGGAACUCAUCCAGAGUGGUGUGGCCGAGGGCGCCAAGUUGGAGUGUGGUGGCAAAGGGCUGGGCAGGAAGGGGUUUUUCAUCGAGCCCACGGUGUUUUCUAAUGUCACUGAUGACAUGCGGAUCGCUAAGGAGGAGAUCUUUGGCCCUGUUCAGGAAAUUCUGAGGUUUAAGACUAUGGAUGAAGUUAUCGAAAGAGCUAAUAACUCCGACUUCGGACUUGUAGCCGCUGUGUUUACCAAUGACAUCAACAAGGCCCUCACAGUGUCUUCUGCAAUGCAAGCUGGGACUGUUUGGAUCAAUUGUUACAAUGCCUUAAAUGCCCAGAGCCCCUUUGGGGGAUUCAAGAUGUCUGGAAAUGGGAGAGAAAUGGGAGAGUUCGGCUUGCGGGAGUACUCUGAAGUCAAGACUGUGACAGUCAAGAUCCCCCAGAAGAAUUCCUAAGAUGGCCAAGGAGGAAGUUGGAUCUACAGCUUCUUCUGCCUCCCCAGCCCCCACUGCACCAACAGCUGCUACCUUCAGUGCUAUGGGUGUUACUUUGGCCUGUCAUGCCUUAAAAUGCCCUAAUUCCACUGGCAGGAACCUUGGAAAAUCUGGCCAAGCCUGGCGGUUUUCUUUUCCGUUUGCAUGGUUCCAGUGUGCCACGAUUGCCACGCUACACCAGAGCUCCUCUGCCACAUGCAGUGGCCCCUCCAUGCACCGUUCCUGCCUCUCAGGCUCCCGAGGCGGAGGUGAGAAGCAGGCUGGCUCCCUCUCCUCCAGCCACACACUCCUCUUCUUCCCAGUGAGCCCGGCAGUGUGAUGUGAGCAAUGUCAGCUCUUUCCUUCUUCCCUCUCUCCAGCUGCCAAAUCCAAUCCUGUCUCUAACCUAGAUGAGGAUCAUUUAUUUAAAAGUACCAAACAUAACCUAGAGUAUAUGGAAUAUGGGCAACACAUAUUAGCCUCUGUAUUUAACUGUUUCUGCUUUCUAACCACACCGGUUUUCUUGCUCUAACCCUUGUCUGUUCACGAUGUUUUAAAGAAAUCUCUACUUGCUGUUAUUUACAAACGACAGUGCAUUCAGUGGCCUGAUGCCGUGAGAGAUGUCACGUUUCUGAGUUCUUCCACAUGAAUGUCAUGCUCUCCCCUUAUAGCGUGUGUCCAAGUGAACAUACCCAUUUACCAGAUAGUUACCUUCGAACUGCAAUAUAGAAUGUGAAAAUGAAGAUUUAUUUCUUUUAAUUUACUUAAAAAGAAUCCUCUGUGCUAGCAAUAAAGCAUUUAUAUUGUGUACUCCUCGGCA